UCUUUUUUUUUUUUUUUUGUCGCCGGUUGUAAUGGCCGCCGUCGAAGAUUCCGUUGAGAAAAAUGGUACUAUUAACCUUCCGGAGAAUGAAAACCUUAUGCCGGUAGGAAUCAGUGACACCGUAUUGCUUGAAGAAAACCCCGGCGGCUUUCCUGAAUUGGACCAGCCAGAUAGCUUAGCUGUUUCUGAGAUUACUGCUCCCGAUACGAACGAUUCCACGGAGGAGAGAUGGCCAGGCUGGCCUGGAGAUUGUGUGUUUCGUAUGAUCGUUCCGGUGACUAAGGUCGGAGCUAUUAUUGGCCGCAAAGGAGACUUUAUUAAGAAGAUGUGUGAGGAGACUCGUGCUCGUAUCAAAGUCCUUGAUGGUCCUGUUAACACUCCCGAUCGCAUCGUGUUAAUAUCUGGUAAGGAAGAGCCAGAGGCCUACAUGUCCCCUGCAAUGGAUGGAGUCCUGAGGGUGUUUAGACGAGUUGCAGGAUUGCCAGAUAAUGAUGAUGAUGUUCAAAACGCUGGAAGUGCCUUCUGUUCUGUGCGUUUAUUAGUUGCAUCUACUCAGGCGAUUAAUUUAAUUGGAAAACAAGGUUCUAUGAUUAAAUCCAUUGUAGAGAACUCUGGUGCAUCAGUUCGCAUUUUAUCAGAAGAGGAAACACCGUUUUAUGCUGCGCAAGAUGAGAGGAUAGUUGAUUUGCAGGGUGAAGCUUUAAAAAUCCUUAAAGCAUUAGAAAGCAUUGUUGGACACCUAAGGAAAUUUCUAGUUGACCAUACUGUGGUUCCUCUCUUCGAAAAGCAAUAUCUAGCUAGAGUCUCACAAACUCGUCAGGAAGAAUCGUUAGCUGACAACAAGUCAUCUCUGCAUACUAUUUCGUCAAAUGUAAUCGAGCCUGAUUUCUCCCUCUUAGCACGGAGGGAACCUUCGUUCCUGGAGCGCGAUUCUCGGAUGGAGUCACGUGUUCAGCCUUCGGGAGUUUCUAUCUAUAGUCAGGAUUCUGUAUUGUCCGCCAGACAGUCUCCGGGUCUUGCUCGGGUUUCUGCUGCUUUUGUCACACAGGUAUCUCAAACGAUGCAAAUACCAUUCUCCUUUGCGGAGGAUAUAAUUGGUGUAGAAGGUGCUAAUAUAGCCUUCAUCCGUCGAAGAAGUGGAGCUACCAUAACCAUACAAGAGAGUCCACAUCCUGAUCAAAUCACAGUGGAAAUCAAAGGCACAUCCUCUCAAGUACAAACUGCUGAGCAACUAAUUCAAGAGUUCAUCAGCAAUCACAAAGAACCAGCUUCGGUUUCAGGGGGAUAUGGCAGAAUCGAUGCUGCCUACGUACCUGCAUAUCCUCCUCAGCUGAGCAACCGUCAAGAGCCACUCUCCAGUAGCUACCUGAGCACAGAGCAGGCGCAGUACAGACCAACAGCAUACUCUCAGCUGGCAGGUCCUUCGACUUAUACGCCGUCACUGGCUGGACAAACAUAUAGUACGGAAUAUAGACCAGCUUCUGAUGUUGGUGGCUACGGCAGCUAUAAUCUUUGAAUCCUCUCCUGUGUUUUAUGAGGUUGUAAUUCAUUGGCAGAUUAAUUUCUGUGACUAGAAGAAAGGCUCAUUUAUAAUAGAGAGGGAAAGAACAAGUUCUAGAGAGCCAAUGUAGUUGAAAUGUGUAAUGUAAAUCUAGGUUUUGCCUCGUUCUUCUUUAUUUUUCUCUUUCAGAAUCAAAGACAUAUUUUACACGACGUUUCUGGUCACUGUCAAAUAAGAACAGUUCUAUGGUUUUGUUUAUUUAUGUGAUUGUCUGAGAGGAUUUUUUUGG